CUCUCUCUCUCUCUCUCUAAUGACAGUUCCCUUAUCUCUCAGAACCAGUUCCUCUAUGUAAGGGACUUGUAUGUUCUGCUUAAAUGAAUAGUCUGUUGUAUUUAAAAAAUUGUAAAUAUUUCUUUUGCUUUCAUUCUUUUUGUCUCCUAUAGCCUUGUGUUAACCACUUCAGUGCAUUCUGUGUGUCUUCGCUUCAUGGUUGAACAAAUCUGGCAGCCACUAGAGCUGCUCAUCCAGGACCCCAGAGCAGCAUCUGAACCAGACCGGGGCUGAUCUCAGACCUGCGUGUGACAUCUGCUCUCCAGGCAUUCCGAGCAGGAUCAGGUCUGUUACCAAUACAGUAACGACCGAUACACGGAGACAGCCAGAAGUCGUCAACCAGUCAUGGACGUCUAGGGCACAGGAACAGUAACUGAUGCCUGCUCAAGAGGACACAAGGAGGAGAAGAGAGGCGUGUAAACUCACAAUGAAUCGCAAAGAGGCCAAGAGGAAGUCUGCCCAUAGCCCAGGUGGGGUGAAAUGUCAAAGGGCAGCACUGACUCGGCGAAUGACUUGCCCCAGCGCUUCGGAGAUAAGCAGAGCUCUGCUCAGCCCCUCCCACGGCUACCUGACCCGUGCCCUGAGCCUAGACGACCUCAUCCAGCAUUGUCUUCUCUGCUUUGACUCAGAAGGAAAGCUCAGCAGGAAUUCCCAGCUGGUCCAAAUGACCUUGAUGAUGCACAACUGGGUGGUGCCUUCCCAUGUCUUUGCACAGAAGCUGAUCUCUCUUUAUAAGGACUGCCCCGUGGACAGUAGAGGGCAGCGGCGUGCACAAAUAUGCCAUUUUAUCAGGCAGUGGAUCACAAAGAUCCCAGAUGUGUUUGAAGCUGACCCCCGGCUGGAGAGGGUGAUGAGUGACCUGUGGACCCUAGUGAGAAAAGAGGGGGAGGAGAUGCACCAGCAGCUGAUUGACACUUCCUGCCUUAACGCCCCAGUGACUCCAUCCCUGGCCCCUUCUCCAUCGAUGAAGAAGCGAAAGGUGUCACUCCUCUUUGACCACAUGGAGCCAGGAGAGCUGGCCGAGCACCUCAGCUACCUAGAAUUCGAGAACUUCCGCAGCGUCUCGUGCCUGGAUUACCGUAGCUAUGUGGUGAACGGCUCGGUGCGGGGCAACCCAGCCCUGGAACGCUCAGUGAUGAUGUGCAAUGGGGUCUCUCAGUGGGUGCAGCUGAUGAUCCUGAGCAGGCACACCGCACAGCAGAGGGCCCAUGUUUUCACCAAGUUCAUCCAUGUUGCCCAGAAGUUGCGCGCUCUACAGAACUUCAACACUCUAAUGGCUGUGAUGGGUGGCCUGUGCCACAGUUCCAUCUCCCGCCUCAAAGACACGUCCAGCUUACUGCCUCAGGACAUCACAAAGACCCUGAGUGAGAUGACUGACCUGCUGUCAUCUUACAGUAACUACAGCAAUUACCGCCGGGUGUACAGUGAAUGUAUAGGUUUCAAGGUACCCAUCCUAGGGGUACACCUCAAGGACCUGAUCUCCCUGAACGAGGUUCUGCCCGACUACCUGGAGGACAAUAAGAUCAACUUGGGCAAGCUGCAGAACCUCUACACUAAUGUCAAUGAUCUUCUGGCCAUUCACUCCUGUAAACCACCCUUUGAGGCCAACAAAGACUUGCUACAUCUUCUCACGCUGUCUCUAGACCUGUAUUACACUGAGGAUGAGAUAUACGAGCUGUCGUAUGCCAAGGAGCCCAAGAAUCCCAAGAUACAGCCUGCUAUGCCAGUCAAAGCUCCAGUAGUGGCAGAAUGGGGAUCAGGGGUGACGCCUAGAAUUGACCCUGACACCAUCUCUAAACAUGUGAAACUAACAGUUGAUGCCAUAAUGAAGAAUUACGAUCACAACCUUGAUGGUUACAUCUCCCUAGAGGACUUUGAGAAAAUUGCCGCCAGUUUUCCUUUCUCCUUCUGUACUCAUGAAGGUGACAGGGAAGGAGAAAUUAGCCGGAACGAAAUCAACUCCUAUUUCAUGAGGGGGAUGUCCGUGUGCGCCAAGCUAGGCCUGAAAUUUCUGCACAAUUUCCACGAGACCACGUACAAGAAGCCCACCUUCUGCAACACCUGCAGAGGCUUUCUUUGGGGUGUAAUUAAGCAGGGUUAUCGGUGCAGAGACUGUGGGGUAAACUGUCACAGGCAAUGUAAGGACCAAGUCGGGAUGGAGUGUGUGAGAAAGGUCAAGGUUUCUGGAGGGUCUUGUCCCUGCACUCCUGCUCCUGACCACAGAGCUAAAGGCCACAGCUGUAGCUCAGAAGAGGACAACUUUGUAUUCCCACCAAGUGAUGGAGCAGAGCUCAUGGAGGAGGCCUUCCCAGCACAGGCAAAUGAGCGGGACUCUCAGCGUUUGGAUCGAUCCACCCAGACAGACCCGGGGGUGUGGACACCGGGGCCUGUUAACAAAAGGGGGGAUGAGACAAAUUCACAAGCCCUGGGCUCAUCUCCAGGAAAGGACGCCACGCAUGACCCAAAAGUACAAGCGGUGGGAAAGAAGUCUCGUUCUGCCAGGCUACAGCGAUCACGCGGAGUCACCGUGCCAGUCUCCAUACUACAGGAGAAGAUGGGGGACCUGCAGCUAUAUAAACAAAAUGCCGGAGGAACAGGCUGACUUGCUCUAGGGACAGUAGCCAGCUGGCUAGAAUAAGCAGGGACUUAUAUCCACAGCUCUUACAAAACCAGAGAGACGAUGGGUUUGAAAGCGCAACUUCAACCUGCUAAUGGGGCCCAAUCUGAAAUUUUGAGCAGUCAAUGUAAGAUGAACCAAGCUCCCGACACAGGCAUCGUAUCGCCACUACAGUUUCCAAGAUUCGUCGAUUUGGAGAUACAAUUGUUACAAAGACUUUUUCCUACUGGGUGCUGACUCCAAUGACUAAAAGUGCUGUACUGUUCCAAGACAUGUGGUGAAAAGCCAUUCCAAGCUCAGAUCUCCAUUGGUUUUGGACAUUUCAGCGAUUUUUCGUGAACUCAGCACUCGUUUCUCCCUGGUAGCGAAAUCAGAGUGUUAAACAAUCCAGAGCAGAAUGACCAAUGGAAUAUCUUGCCAUUUGUUGUUCCCUAGAUUCCUGCCACUUGAUUAUUCUUAGUCAUUCAAUACCCCAUUUCCUCUUAAAGAUCCACAAUGUAGCAGCUAAAAUAUGUUUUUCAUUCUCCAACUAAUCAAAUAUUUCCUACUAAAUCUAGUAGUGUGUAUUUAUUUCUCUGUGCAUUAAUUACGCGCCUAAAACCUGUUUUGUGGUGACUGUAGUUGAUGUGUUGUUUGUGAUACUUGUUCUUCUUUUUGGAAAACAAAGAUGUUUUAUAAAACAUGACUUCUGCCGGCAAUUAUAAAUAUUUAUUUUAUUGCUUA